CAGGUAGGACAGAUGCCAAUUUUUCGUUCUAAGGAUCGCAUGCUGUGCUAUAAGCUUGGAAAAAUCUGUUACUUUUCUUUUCCGGCCCAACUUGGACGCUUUUUUUCUCGCGAAAAUUAGCUUUUUGCAGCAUUUUUGUUACUUUCUACUACUGAGUCAAGAUGAGGAUCGUGCUAUAUUGUAUAAGUUUGCCAUUUCAAGAUUUCAGCUCAACUCAGUGAAUCUGUAAAGGGUUUUAAGGAAGGAAAUAAAUUUUUCUUGCAAAAUAAUUUGAUUAACGUAAAUGAAGACUGCUGUGACUAUGGAUGACAUAUUUUGAAUGGUGCCAUCGGAGAGUGAAUCUAUUCUUAUAAGUUUUAGGUGUUAGAGCAAUAAACUCUAUCUUCAGAGAUAUUGGAGCAAAAAAAUUGCUAAAAGAUUCAUCUACAGAACUUACUGGAUUCUAAAGAAGUUACGCUUAAAGACAUUCUACAUAGCUUGAAUUGGAGUUUUUACUUUUAAGUUAAAAAGAAUCUUUUGCAAAAUUAACAUAAUGGCACUGAUAAAAUUUUGAUGAGAUGCUAUUACUAUAAAACACUAAAACAGCAGUUUGUUUUAGAUACCAUUUUCAAAAAUAGAUAUACUGUUUAUUUAUAAGAGUUUUCAAAGAUACAUCUAUAUAGUAUUUUUAAUUCACAAUUUUUAGAUAAAAAUUUAGCAUUAAUUAAUGUUGACUUUAUUUUGAAGAAAUAAUAUACAACUGCAUCGUCAAAUCAUCACAUUUUUCAUGAUGACACAUCAACUCAAUCGCUCGAGUAGCAGCCAUAGGAUGUCCAGAUCGCCUUCCAAAUCCAGAAGCAGAUCUUCCGAAAAAAUUCUGGACAGCAAAAAUGACUCCAUGGAUAAGCUAGAUGCACCAAAAUUCAGAAUGAUCACCAAAAGCCCCAGUCCUUGCAAUCAGCGACGAGCCUCUGCUGUGCACUUCAGUAACUCUCAUAAUAAUUCAAAUGGUGGUGCCCGAGCCCGAUCCAGGUCCUUGCGUGCCAAACGACAUUCGGCCCACAUCCCUCACUCUUUCAGUGGGACGCAACUGGACUCGAAAGUCUCCCCUAGCCCCAGAGCGAGUAUCAGCCACUCACUGUCUGUACCAUCUGGGGAGGAGGGAGAUUUCCACCUGGUCAGAAAUUUCAGCGUGACCUCGAAGGGUAUAGUCAAUCGUGGAGAUUCCUUCAGAUGCAAAUCCAGGUCCACUUCGGUAUGUUCGACUCCUACCUCGCCUGCUUCGGAAAGCGCAUUCCCGGCAUUUUCUGCAGAUGCUUCUGCUUCUGCUUCAGGAUCGUCCACACCAGCGAGUUCUUCUUCGCCAGUGACCACUGAAUCCACUGAAGACAAACCCCUUCCGAAGUACACUGUUUGGUUGAUGGGAUCCAAUGGUGUUGGAAAAUCUUCCAUUAGAAAUCAGUUUAUGACAUCGGAGUAUAUCUGCCAGUAUGAAAACUGGAGAGAUGAAAGUGAAAACAGAAGUGUCAUCGUAUCUCUAGACGGUGAAGAAACAGAACUGGAAAUCGAGGAAUAUGCAGCUGUCGAAGAAAAGGGUCGCUUGAAAGAACCGUUGCCAGAUGCGUUUAUCAUCGUUUAUUCUGUGACCAAUAGAAGAAGUUAUAUCCAGGCCAGACAGAUUUUGUCCAAGCUCGAGACUACAUUCGGAACCAAGGCAGCCAUAUUAGUUGGGAACAAAACAGAUCUUGCACGGCUUCGAACCGUCCCCACAGUAGAAGGACGAUCUUUGGCAAAGGAGCGUGGCUGCAAAUUCAUCGAGACAUCCGUGGCCAUCAACCACCAGUUGGAUGAACUCUUGGUUGGAAUCAUCACCCAAAUCCGAAUUAAGGCGAAGAUUGCCGAAAAGCAAAAGAAGAGAAGCGACCGCAGUGCCCAGCACUCGCGCAAUAAGGCCACCUGCAUCAUCAAACGACUGUGGAGGAAGACUUGUAUGACGAGCAAGUCAUGUGAUAACUUGCACGCGCUUUGAGCUGGUCAUGAGCACUUACAUUAAGACCUCAACUAGCUUGAGGAUAUUGACUUUACGACACCAAUAUAGUGUUCUAAUAUCGUGAAACAGAUUACAUGAAGUGGCUUACUUCUAAAAAGUCUUAAUACGUGAAAAUUGUUGUUUCAGAGACUGAUUCUUUGUAAAUUAUAACUAGUAGAUUUUGUAAAAGCGGAAGAUAUCAUAUUGCUUUCUGCUAUUAUUACUUAAACAAUUUUCCUUUGAGACCUUUUUUAAAGACUUUUGGAAAGCCAAUGUUUUGCGAAAGCCAAUCAGUGAGUAGUACCAUUACAUCAGAAUGGUAACUGUUACUUUUAAAGGUAUGGAAUGGAUUUCCAUUUAGAAAUGGUAAUUAAAUCUAUCUGAAAAUAUCUUUAAAGACAAGACAACAUAUAAAUGACUUAAGAUCUUUAAAAAAUAAAUUUUAUCUUACCGUGUCAUAUCAUAGUUAAUGAGUCAUACCAUUGUUAAAGAGUCAUACCAUAGUUAAACUUGUCAUACCACAGUUCUUCUGUCUUAUCCUAGACAUAUAUUUGAUGAUAUAUAUGUAAAAGUUAGGUCAUGUGAAAGUUUUAAAACUAUUCAAAAGUAAAGUUUUCUUAAGUUGAAAGUCAUUUGUUCGAUGAGAGCAACAAUAAUGUCGGUAAGAACAUGGAAAAAGUAGAUAAAUAUAUUUGCGCAACUAAUUCGAUGUGAUUUAGAUGCCUUUUCAACCAGUUGCCAAGAUUAACAAUCGAUUGUUUUUUUUCCAGAAAUUUUAAUACCCGUACAUUUUUAAGGUCUCAUAUGAAAUUUUUUAAAAACUAAUCGAAUUUGAAAUCAUUCAAGUUUUAUCUAAAAUAGCAAAAACCAAUCAAAUGUUAAAUAAUGAAAUUCUGAUUUUUAAAAUCAAAUGAAAUAUUAGAUGUAUAUUUUUAAUAUCAAAUCAUGUCUUGUACUUUUAACAAUAUAUGUGGUUCAGAUCUUUUAAGGUUUGAACUAUAUACACAAAAAAGAUUUUGUUUUCCUAAAAGAUAAGAUCGUGACAGAUUCUUACAGAUCUAUUGUAGGCGAGUUUACCAAAACACUUAUUCGGAAUCCGUGUUUCAGGAAAAAGAUUGGCAUAGAUUUGGAAACAGUUUAUAUAGCAAAGCACAAUUGGCAUUUUAGAUCGUGCGACUGAUUUCACGGAAAACAAAAAGCAAGCGUGCGUUCAAGGCGGUAUAUUUAUAUUGAGUGUUCUAGUUUAAAAGAACGGAAACCUUGUGGACGAGGACUUAAAAAAAGAAUUUCGCAGACUUUUGGGGUUUCUUUUGGAAAGAUGUCAAAAGACGUUAUGAAGACGUGCUUUCUUUGGUGGCCCAUCUAUUGCAACUUCUAUUUAUUUGUUCUUUAAUGAAACAAACAGAAUAGUUUAUGGUUUUCGAGAAAACGUAUUUUCUACAUAUAUUCUUUAACUAUUUUCUUUCUGGAAAAAAGUUAUGUUUUUUUGUGUCAUGUUUUUCUUUUAUACUGUUUUGUGCUUCUUGGAAAAACGUAAAGAGAGUAAUGGAUAUUGUGUUGUAUAUAUUCGAAGAUAUAUGGCGGUUCAAAGUGUUGAUACUUUGUGAUUCGUUGAUCAAAAUGUGUAAAUGAAUGAAAAUGCUACCUUUUCUGAUUAAGUUAUUAAUUAAAUACAAGUUAAGAUUCAUGGUUUCUAAUGUAUAAAGGAAUGUAAGUUUUGACUUAAAUUUCUGUAGAAAGCCUUGAAAUUACCCUAAUAUUUCUGUAGAUAAUUUUCUCUAAAUUCAAUGAGUUUUUAUUUCUACAGCAGCAAUAUUAAUGUAUUUUUAUUUACAUUUACACCGGCAAUAUUAAUGAUUUAAUUAUAUGCACUAGUGAUUUUAUUUCAAAAUUUCAUACCAGCUUUUAUUUUCUGUCUUAAGGGGAUGGUGGACACUAUUAGGCAUUUUUGCUAAUUCUUCACUUAGAGUUAUGAAAUUUUUUAUGUAUAUGUAUUAAAAUAUAAAUAUGUGAAACUUCUUUAUAAAAAACUUUUUAAAACGAAAUAUGAUUUUUAAAGAAUUAAAAGAUACAUAACAUACUUAAAAUAACAUAACAUACAUAAAGAUACAUACUUAAGAUUUUAAAAAUUCCAGCCCAUUUAAAUUUUAAUUUUUUUCUAUUAUUUUUUUCUUUGUUUCUCAAUAUAAAUUUAUUUGGAAUAAAAUUGUUUAUGAUUUUGUAAUUCCAACUAAAUGCUAAUUGUUUAGAAAUACUUGUAUAUGCACGUAUUGAAUUUUCAUAAGAAUUUUAUGUUUUUGGGAACUAAAAUUGACUUUUAAUGAUAUAAAAAAUAGACAUAAUGAUAUAGAAAAAAUAGACACAAAAAAGAAAAUAGUGUAUUUCUAUUUUUUUAUAUCAUUAAAAGUCAAACGAUAAUAAAAGUUUAACCGAAACUUUAUUAUAAAUUUCACUUAAUUUCUUCAAAAAGCAAGACACCUGGAACAUUUCAAAGAUAUUUAAAUCUAAUUACAAUAUCAUUUUGAAGAGUGCAAUUAAAAUGUGCGUUUUUUAAUUUUGACCUUUCAAAUAUUUAUUUUACUAAACAAUAUAUCUUAACAUUAUUUUAGUUGAAUAUAAACAUAUAUUUUGGUUUGGAAACGAUAAAAAUAAAAUUUCAUGUUUCUGUCCAUUUUUUGCUUAUUUCAAAGUCCACUAUUCCUUUAAAAAUAUAAAUAAUAAAUAUUGAUUUUCAAAAUGUAGCGAAGAAAAUUCACAUACAUAAGAAAUGUAUUUAUUUUCAGUUUAUGCUUUCCUUAGAGACAAAAAUAUAUGUGUGAAAAUACAUGAUCUUUUAUGUAUGAAAGCUUUAAGAUCAUGUUUUUUUUAACCACAACUUACCCAAAAUGCACAGUUAUAAGAAAUUGUGCCCAUUGAUAAUUUUAAUAAUUUUAUCAAUGAAAAUA